CCCUCCGGUGCCUGAGACCCCGGCCGCCGUCGGGUUUCCCCGCGGUCCCCGGCCCGGCCUCGGGUGCGCGGUUCCCGCCGGAUCCCCCUCGCGCCGGGUGCGGGGCGAUGCCCGGGCCCGGGGGCCCCUAGUGGACAUGGAAGAGGCCCCUCUGCUGGGCGGCAUGUCCAGCCCCGAAGACGAGAUGGUGACGGACCUUUUCAGCGCCGAGAGUCAGUUUGUUCCUGAAAACCUUCCCCUGAAAGCCCCGGUGGCGGUGAAGCACGAGGCAGACGAGUUCCACGUCCUCAACGACGCGUACCUGGGCUCCGCGGACCCCAGAGAGGCCCUGCUGCCCGCCUUCAACGCCCCGCUCGGCGGGGACUGCAGGAGCCACGUCAAAGUGGAGCGGCUGGUGGAUGAGGACGGAGAUGAGGAAACGCUCGGGGAGUACGCGAGUCUCCCCGAGCUCAGUCCCCUGGAAGACGCCGUUCUUCCCGCCGCCGCCUGGCAGCCGCAGGCCUACGACCUUCUCUUCCUGUCCUCCCUGCCGACCCCGCACACGAGUCCUGCCGUCGGGCCCCCGGACGCCUGGGCCCAGGAAGGAGCCGCCCACCCCGGCGUCCCCGUGAUUCCAGUUGAAAUCAAGGAAGCAGGUGGUACUAUCACAAGUAACAAUCUGGAGGAAGCAACUUUUCAGAACCCUCUGGCCCAGGAGUCCUGUUGCAAGUUCCCAACAUCACAAGAAGCAGAGGAUGCCUCUGGCUGCUCUCAUAAGAAAGACUCUAACCCAAUGGUGAUAUGUCAGUUGAAAGGGGGUACACAAAUGCUGUAUAUAGACAAUUGUGGCACAAGAGAACUAAAAGCACUUCAUUUGGUUCCUCAGUAUCAAGACCAAAAUAAUUAUCUACAGUCAGAUGUCCCUAAACCUAUGACUACUUUAGUAGGAAGAUUUUUGCCAGUACCAGCAAAUUUAAAUCUCAUUACACAACAACUUGAUAACGGAGCCUUACCAUCCGUAAUCAACGGGUCUGCUUUCCCUUUGGGAUCAACUCUUCCGGGACCACCAAAAAUAACUUUGGCUGGGUAA